AUGUUGGACCUGUUUGAUUUUGUCACCGAGCGUGGUGGAGAUAUUAAGAAGAUCAAGGAGAGCCAGCAGAAGCGUUUUGCUCCGGAAGAGUCCGUUGAUGAAGUGAUUGCGCUGUAUGAAGAUGCCCGACGUGCCCGCUACGAGGUAUCACAGAUUGGAUCUCAAAUCAAUGCAGUCCAAAAGGAGAUUGGAAUGAAGAAGAAGAACAAGGAGGAUGCUAGCAAACUACUUGACCAAAAGACAGACCUGGAGAAGACGAAGAAAGAGCUAGAGGAAGCUGCCGUCGAGAAGGAACUGCAGCGCGAUCGAAAGAUUCGCACCAUUGGAAACUAUGUCCACGAAUCGGUGCCCGUGAGCAACGAUGAGGCAGACAACCAAUUAAUCAAGACAUGGGCCCCCGAGAAUGUCCAGAUGGAACGGCCAGGCUGCCUCUCCCACCACGAAGUGCUGACCCGUCUCGAUGGAUACGAUCCAGAACGUGGUGUCAAGAUUGUUGGCCACCGCGGUUAUUGCUUGACUGGUUACGGUCUUUUCCUGAACCUCGCUCUGGUCAACUACGGUCUGGAAUUCCUUUUCAAUAAGGGUUACACCCCCAACCAGCCCCCUCAGUUCAUGCUCCGUGAUCUCAUGGCCAAGACGGCCCAGCUCGAGCAAUUCGACGAGGAACUGUACAAGGUCACUGAGAGCGAGGACAAGACCACUGACAAGUACCUCAUUGCUACCUCCGAACAGCCAUUGUCUGCCCUACACGACAGCGAGUGGCUCCAGGACAAGGAGCUUCCCAUCAAGUAUGCUGGCUACAGUACUUGUUAUCGCAAGGAGGCUGGAUCCCAUGGCAAGGACGCUUGGGGUAUCUUCCGUGUCCACCAAUUCGAAAAGAUCGAACAAUUUGUUCUCACCAAGCCUGAGGAUUCGUGGCAAGCGUUUGAGGAUAUGAUGAGCACCUCCGAGGAGUUCUACAAGUCCCUCGGUCUUCCCUACCAGAUUGUUGCCAUUGUGUCCGGUGCGUUGAACAACGCUGCAGCCAAAAAAUAUGACCUGGAGGCCUGGUUCCCAUUCCAGCAGGAGUACAAGGAGCUUGUCUCCUGCUCCAACUGCACUGAUUAUCAGUCCCGGGCUUUGGAGAUCCGGUACGGCGCCAAAAAGGCCACCGAUCUGAAGAAGACCUAUGUCCACGCUCUGAACGCCACUCUGUGUGCAACUGAGCGGACUCUCUGCUGUGUGCUUGAGAACUACCAAAGAGAAGAUGGCAUCGAAGUUCCGGAGGUUCUGCGGAAAUACAUUCCCGGACAACCUGAAUUCCUUCCUUACACCAAGGAGCUUCCUAAGGAGACCACAUCUAACAAGACGAAGAAGGCUAAGGGUACUGAUGCUGCUACUAAAAAGAUGGAAGAUCUCAAGGUUUAG